UAAUCCAUAUAAAGACAGUUUACAUUACAUUUUACUGUGCAUUUUAAUAUUAUAAAAUGGAUUUACCAUCAACUAAUUGUUUAUGCGGUGAUCCCUUUGAUGCUGAUCAAUUUAUGAUACAAUGCAAUAUUUGUAAAUCGUGGUUUCAUGGAAGGUGUGUAGCAAUUAAAGAAUACAUGGCAACAGAAAUAAAUAAAUUCCAUUGCCCUAGAUGUGAAGAAAGUCAUGGUCCUUCUCUGAUGAAAGUAAAAAUAAAUUGGCAUCGUCAUGAUUAUUCUGAAAUGCAAGCAGAUGCAAAACCUGUUCAAACAGGUACAUCAGUUUUUAUCAGAGAAUUGAAGUCUAGGCAUUUUCAUAAAGCCGAUGAUAUUGUUAAACAUUUAAGAGGUCAACAGCUAACGAUGCAGUAUUUACAAACUAAUGGUUUUGACAUACCCAUUAUUGUAGACAGUAAGGAUGGUCUUGAUAUGAUUGUACCACCACCAAAUUUUAGUCUUUAUGACAUUGAAAGUUAUAUUGGAGGCGAUCGUGAAAUGGAUGUUAUUGAUGUGACAAGGCAAAAUAAUGUUCGAAUGAAAUUAAGAGAAUUUGUUGAAUAUUACAACGAUCCUUAUCGAUCUAGAAUUCUUAAUGUUAUUAGUUUAGAAUUUACAAAUACUGGUCUCUCACCCUUGGUCGAAGCACCAUAUAUUGCACGUAAACUUGACUGGAUAAAUUAUGUUUGGCCUCGUGAUUGGCCUGAAAAUAAUGAACUAAAAAAACCUGAAGUACAAAAGUAUUGCCUCAUGGGUGUGAAAGAUAGUUUUACAGACUUUCAUAUUGAUUUUGGUGGAACAUCUGUGUGGUAUCAUGUUUUAAGAGGAGAAAAAAUUUUUUACCUUAUCAAGCCUACACCAGCAAAUUUACAUUUAUAUCAGCAGUGGAUGUGUAGUUCUACACAAAGUGAAACUUUUUUUGGAGAUCAAGUCGAUGCUUGUUAUAAAUGUAUUUUAAAACAAGGACAAACAAUGUUGAUACCAACAGGUUGGAUUCAUGCUGUUUUAACACCUGUAGACUCUUUGGUAUUUGGAGGUAAUUUUGUACAUAGCCUCAACAUCCCAAUGCAAAUACAAAUCUAUGAAAUAGAACGAAAAAUGAAAACUCCAGCAAAGUUUCAAUAUCCUGGUUUUGAAACAAUCAACUGGUUUGCAGCAAAACGUUUAUUGAAAGAAUUAAAAGAUCUUAAUUGUGAAGAAAAAAAAUGUCCACCUUACUUUUUACAAGGUGUUAAGGCUUUAUUAAGUAUACUUAAACAAUGGAAUACAGAUAAGGAUUAUAGCAUGCUAAGCAGAGCACAGAUACCUGAAACAAUUAGUAGUCAAAAAUUACUAAAAGAUCUUAGUAAGGAAAUUAGGCAUGCAGAAAGAUUUUUGAUUGCGCUUAAUCCACCAAAACCAGAACGCGAAAGUAAAAGAAAGAAAAAAAAGCCGUUUAAUAAAGAUUUUGUAGAUUUUAAUGUAGCUGAUAAAGCAUCGGAUACCUCAAAAACUAAAGCUUCAGCGAAAGAACAACUGAUUAAGAAGGAAACAAUAGUGAAUAGUAAGGGACUUACAAAUAGACCUCCGUUGAAACUAACAUUACCAAAGCCACCAAUUUUCCCUUAUGUCAAAGGUGAAGCAAAAAAUGAUUUAUCAUCUCCUAACAUUUCAACAACUGUUAAAAAAAUAAAAACACUUAGUCCCAAAGCUCCUACUGUUAAGAAAUCAAAUGUUAAUAAGACUAGUAAUGCUAGUAAAAUUUCUAAUGUGAAAAAAGUACCAAAUACUAAAAAAACCUCCAGUUUCAAGAAAGUUUCUGGAGAGAAUAAGAAAGUAUCAAAACCUGGAAAGCAGAGUCCAACUGUUAUUAGAUUUAAAUUAGGGGAUAAAGAGGUAAUAAGACGUACAAAAGAUAAAGGAAAUAAUAUUUACGGAAAUUUUACCUUGGAUCACGCAGUGGAGACAAGAAAGGAAUUGACAUGGAAGCAAACAACCUCAGUAUAUGAUUUUCACGAUGGUAGCAACGAAAGCGAUCAUAGUGGAUUUACGAUCGAUGAAGCACCUAAAAAAAAGAAAGUUCAAAAAUCAGUAAGCAAUCCGAAAAAACUUAAAACCAAAUUAUACAAUAAUGAAUUGGAUAAGCUAAACAAUACUCCCAAGAAUGGAAUUGAAGAAUUGCUCAAGGCUUCUGUAUAUACACUAGGUACAAGUGGAUCAAAAACAGAUGUCAUGUAAGUUUUCCCACAUGACUUAGUUCCUUCAGUAGUAAAUUUUAUUCAACCAGCAUCCGUCUCCACGGGUUCUGACAGGGCUUCACCAUCUACAAGGGAUGCUAUUGCUGGGAUGUUAUCAUUCAGUGCACAAUGUUAUUCAACUACCUCUGACACACCUCAAAAAUCAACAAAAUCAGUAAAACCUAAACCUGUUGUCGAACAGCAUGAAAAUGAUGACGGAGUUGACGAUGACCUUUUAAUAGAAAACAUUGAUAAAGUUCAUCAAGAUGAUGACUUUAUUUAUCCAGCUUUGGACGUGUCAGAUGAGGACGAGUUCAUGUUUAAGUCUAAGAGUAAAAAAGAAGAAGAUGAAGCCUGGAAUCCGAAGGCUAGGGUUGGCCCACUUUUGCCCAAAACAAAUCGACCAGCACGAGAAGGUACGAAGAAAACCUCCGUAGAGAAAGGCCUCGAAGCCGCUGCGAAGAAGCGAGCAAAACAACCUGGUACUACUAAACGAACGUAUAAAAAGAAACGAAAAGAUCCAUUGGUAGUCUCAACAGUGGUUACAACAACAUCACCAACAUUAACGGUAGCAGGACCUACAACAACAUUAUCAAAUACAUUAAGUGUAGUUUCAGAUUCUAUUGUUUCACCUGAGCAUAUAAUCAAACUCACUCCAAGUUAUACAUCUAUUUUAACCAGUCCAAAUAGAUUGAAGGAUGUGAAAGCUAAGUUGGCAGCACCGAUUCCAGUUGAACGAAAACCGAAAAAAGGAAUGAAGACUGCAAAACAACGAUUAGGAAAAAUUCUCAAGAUACACAAGAUGUUGUAUUAAAAUGUAGGAAGACAAACAAAUUUAAAAUUCUAUAUUAGAAAUUUCAUACAAUU